AUGGAUGAAGAGACUGCGCUGGAGAGUUAUUUUGAUCAGUCAAUUGAUAAUGUCGCAGCUGACUACAUGGGUUUGGAUGGGGACCUGGGCCUCCAGGGAUCCCCACAGCUCCAGGACCCCUCAUUCCUGUCCUCUGUGAGCAAGCAGGAGAAGGACCUGUCAGAGGACUUGGACCUCAGUUUCUUACCUGAUGAACUCAGCACACAAGAUGAGCCAGCAGGAGGCACUGAUGAGAUGCAGGACAGUGGUGUCUGUGAGGACCACACAACUGGACAGUCUUAUGUGCCUGAUGCUGACAAUGCCCUGCCAGUGGCUUCCCCAUUUUGCCCCCUGCGUAUGACCCCCAUGACCCCCAUGACCCCUAUGACCCCAGUCUCUGAGCAGUCAGGAAUCAUUCCACAGUUACAGAAUAUUGUGUCCACAGUAAACCUUGCAUGUCCUCUGGACCUGAAGUCUAUUGCCCUCCAGGCCCGUAAUGCUGAGUACAACCCUAAGCGCUUCGCUGCUGUCAUUAUGAGGAUCAGAGAACCCAGGACCACUGCUUUGAUCUUCAGCUCUGGGAAGAUGGUUUGCACUGGUGCCAAGAGCGAGGAACAGUCUCGCCUGGCCGCCCGGAAGUACGCCCGUGUGGUACAGAAGCUGGGCUUCCCUGCCAAGUUCCUGGACUUUAAAAUCCAGAACAUGGUGGGCAGCUGUGAUGUCUGCUUCCCUAUCCGGCUGGAGGGUCUGGUCCUGACACACCAACAGUUCAGCAGCUAUGAGCCAGAGCUGUUUCCUGGGCUCAUCUACCGUAUGGUGAAGCCACGCAUCGUCCUGCUUAUUUUUGUUUCAGGGAAAGUGGUGCUGACUGGGGCUAAAGAACGUUCAGAGAUCUACGAAGCUUUUGAAAAUAUCUACCCCAUUCUGAAGGGCUUCAGAAAACAAUAG